AUGCCCGCAUGUAGUACAACGGAGCGACGGCACAAGGUUCACGAUUCCUUCAACGCAUGCGGAAUUAUGGAUUUUUCGUUCGAAAAAUGCACGUGUUCUGUUGGUUUCUUUCUUGACAACGCCUAUCGUAAAGUGUCUAACUUGGACUGUUUCGCUGACGCUAGAAACAAGUCUCUGCUUAUUCUCUUCCGAUCCAUUCACGCACCUACGACGAUUGGCUCAGCGAUUUACGCGAAGUUCUUCGCCUCAUCAUCUACCUCUUCCAUUCACCGUACCGGAAUGAUAUGUCGGUCGUUAAUCGCCUUUGCAGUCAUUAUUCAUCAAAUCUCGUCCCAGAAUCUGGUAAUCGUUGAAGGUCAUCGACCGUCUAGAGUGAUCAAGAGUCAACGACGACACAAUAUUUCUAAACGUGCAAAUGUUCACGACAGUGCAAAGGAUGUGAUCUACGCUCCUUUGGAUGGUCAACGAGUGAUCACAAAAGGAAUAUAUUACGUGAAUGGAAGAUCCAAAACCGAAGAUGAAAUCUAUGAAUCCGUUCUGCUUAACGGUAGCGACAGUACUGAUGGAAUCGAUCCAUUCUUUGUUACUCGUCCACCUCACAGAACUACCGUAGCUGUGAAGUACAACAUCCAUGAAUCUACGCCUCAACAGUCUAUAAAUAGUGUGGAUGAAGUGGAGGAAGAAAUUGACGGAGGCGAAGUAGAGCAGGAAAAUCCAAGAGCCACUACAAGGUACCCACUUCGUCUGGUCACUAUACCUCCUCGCUCGACCACCGCACUACCUCCUUUCAAACACGUCAGCCGACGAAUCAUUCAACGGAAGGAAGACAACAUCUCCACGACGACAACCGAUUCAUACGCAUCCCAAGGUGUAAGGUUUCCGGUCGAAUCAUUUCAGAUACCAUCGAAUACGUUGGUACCAGUCACGUUGAAUCCAAAUCCAAAUCUUUCACCUCCACCACCGAACCCGUUUCUACCUAUUAUGCCGGUCAGAGAGCUGAACAUCACCUAUCCGUUCCUGCCAAUAGGAAGAAGUAACCCAAUGCCACCUUAUUCUCCACCUAUGCUGAUCUCUCCUGCUGUGCCUCCAUUUGGCAAUGGUAACCUCAUCCAUAGGUCUUCACUCCGACAAGGUUCGUAUGUUCGAGGAAGAGAAGUGCCCGCUAUACCGCUUCCAUCCACACCAGCUCUCGUCUCAGGAAGCGCUUACGUCAGAACAGAAAACGAACAGUACCCUUAUUCCGACUUUUUAAUCGAUGGAGGAUCAAGAUCCGAGACGUCUGCAGUUGCGGUUGCAAAGCCUCACGUGGCCAAGCAUAUCCGGCCACGAUCGAUCAGCGGUCCAUACCGAGAACAUCGUGACGAACAAAACUCGUCCGAACAACUCCGCCUAUUCGCCAGGAAUCAUCCGAAUAUCGUCAAAUCUAUGACGAAAAAGACAUUUGUGAAAGAGAACCUAUUAAUUCUGCCAAAGUCCUAUAACGUUGUUGGCCAGAUCCCGACGUCAUCGAGGGCGCGAACAACACUGACACCGAACGAGAAAUUGGAUUUAUGUUGCCGUAAACGUCGUGUGAGCCCUGGAUGUCAGGCAAUGUGCAAUUUUGAGGCCCUUAAUGAUAAAACGAUGCAAAUGCAUGCUGAUUCAACUGGUUUGUAA